CUUUUCCGUACCUGCGCCGCCAGAGCGGUCCUGGGAUAGCGAUGGAGACGCCGGGAGCGUCAACCCGGGCCCUAUUGCUCCCUCCCUCGUCCGGGCCCCGGAGGAAGCGGGCGGUAGGGGAGGCCCGGGCUGCGGCGAGCAAGCAACGGGUCCUGGACGAAGAAGAGUACAUCGAGGGUCUCCAGACAGUCAUCCAAAGGGACUUCUUUCCUGACGUGGAGAAGUUGCAGGCUCAGAAGGAGUACCUGGAGGCUGAGGAGAAUGGAGACCUGGAACGGAUGCGGCAGAUUGCCAUCAAGUUUGGCUCUGCCCUGGGCAAGAUGUCCCGGGAGCCCCCACCGCCCUAUGUGACUCCAGCCACAUUUGAAACCCCUGAUGUGCACACAGGCACCGGAGUGGUGGGCAACAAGCCUCGGGGCCGAGGCCGGGGCCUGGAGGAUGGCGAUGGAGAGGCUGGAGAGGAGGAGGAGAAGGAGCCUCUGCCCAGCCUGGAUGUCUUCCUGAGCCGGUACACAAGUGAGGACAACGCCUCCUUCCAGGAGAUUAUGGAGGUGGCGAAGGAGAAGAGCCGGGCACGCCACACGUGGCUCUACCAGGCCGAGGAGGAGUUUGAGAAGAGGCAGAAAGAUAAUCUUGCACUUCCGUCGGCAGAGCACCAAGCCAUCGAGAGCAGCCAGGCUGGCGUGGAGACCUGGAAGUACAAGGCCAAAAAUUCCCUCAUGUACUACCCAGAGGGUGUCCCUGAUGAGGAACAGCUGUUUAAGAAGCCGAGGCAGGUGGUGCAUAAGAAUACUCGCUUCCUCAGGGAUCCCUUCAGCCAGGCCCUGAGCAGAUCCCAGCUGCAGCAGGCUGCCGCUCUCAACGCCCAGCACAAACAGGGCAAGGUGGGCCCUGAUGGCAAGGAGCUAAUCCCCCAGGACUCCCCACGAGUAGGCGGAUUUGGAUUUGUUGCAACACCCUCUCCUGCCCCUGGUGUGAAUGAGUCACCGCUGAUGACCUGGGGAGAAGUUGAAAACACUCCUUUGAGAGUUGAAGGAUCUGAAACCCCCUACGUGGACAGGACGCCAGGACCAGCCUUCAAGAUCUUAGAGCCCGGCCGCAGGGAACGGCUGGGGCUGAAGAUGGCCAACGAGGCUGCCGCCAAGAACCGGGCCAAGAAGCAGGAGGCCUUGAGAAGAGUGACGGAGAACUUGGCCAGCCUCACCCCCAAAGGCCUGAGCCCAGCCAUGUCCCCAGCCCUUCAGCGCCUCGUGAGCAGGACGGCCAGCAAGUACACAGACCGGGCCCUGCGAGCCAGCUACACCCCAUCUCCAGCACGUUCGACCCACCUCAAGACCCCAGCCGGUGGGCCUCAGACCCCCACGAGCACACCAGCUCCUGGCUCUGCGGCGCGCACCCCCCUCAGCCAGGACCCCGCCUCCAUCACGGACAACCUGCUGCAGCUCCCUGCCCGGCGCAAAGCCUCAGACUUCUUCUAGGGCCAGGCCCGGGUCGGGCCUGUGGAAACUGUGGAGCCUGCAGGGCCGCAGCCCACUCAGCAGAGGACUCCGGCCUUCUGGGGACCCAGGCCCGGGCCAGAAAUGGUGGCUGUCCCAGGAGCCACAGAAGAGAUGCCGUGCCUUGGCCAGGCUGGCACAAGACUUGUCCCCGCAGCCCCUGGGGUAUGUCCCUGGGUCUUGUUGAAACUGUUUUCUAUCAAAGCCUUCCUUGCCUGUUUCUAUUUAGCUGUCAUUAAAGAGCACCUGGCACAGUC